CUACGCGUCGUGUCGUCCGUAAAUGGACCAGUUAAUGAGAUUUUCCAGAUCAAACACCAGAACAAUGAGAGUCAAAGCCCACAGGGAGAAGAGUUAAACCCAAGCCAAUGUUUCUCAUGAUAUGCUGGCUCGCCUUUCAAGCACAGCCAGUCGCUCGGCCGCCAGCACGUCCCCUCCAUCUGCCAGUUCGGCUGUCAGCGCGUCCGCUCCAUCCGCCAGCUCGGCUGCGGCGAGCCCGGCCGACGGGUCGGACGACCCCGGUGGGGUGCGGCUCAGCGAGGCGUGUGUGCACCAGCUCCGCCGGCUGGCCGCCGACGGCUCCUGCCUGCGGCUGGCCGUCGAUGGUGGCGGCUGCUCCGGCUUUCAGUACGUGUUCAGCCUGGCUGAGGCCGGUGCCGCGCCGCAGCCUGACGACGCCGUUCUCGAACGGGAUGGGGCGCGCGUGUUGGUCGACCACGUCUCGCUCGGCUACAUCCGCGGCGCCACCAUCGACUACCACGAGGAGCUGAUUCGGUCGGCGUUCCGCAUCGUCGACAAUCCGCAGUCGGAGCAGGGUUGUUCGUGCGGUGCCUCGUUCUCCAUCAAGAUUGACUAGUAGUGGUGUGCAGUGUGUGGAUGGCAAGGGUGGGCGUGGGACGCACCAGCGCUGUGCUCUUCUUUCGGGCAUGCUGCAAUGUUGAACGUUCGGUUGUUAUGUCUUGAGCGGUGACCCAUUUUAAGCGUUUCGUCGCUGUGAUACUCGCCACGUCCUGUUGGCCGAGGUAGGCGCUGGGCUAUGUGUGAUGACUUGCCUCGGCAUGAGCUUCCGCGGUGUGCGAAUAUACGGCGGGCGGACUGUGUUGACGGCGUGAUGUGCCGACGGCCUCCGCGUGUCCCGCUCAGACCUGGCUCAUGCCGCUGCUCGGCAACCGACGGCGUUGCCCGCGGAUCGAAACCGGGACGGGCACCGAUCGCACUGCCCUCGACGGCGGUGGAUCAAUGAUCGCCGCCGGCAGCAGCCCGGAUUAUGGAAAGAAAUGCGAUGGAACGAAGCACC